AAACACCCGACAAGUCAAAUCCUACUCACCCGUAUACAAUAACAUAGGAGUAUGAAAACCAAAGGCAGGGUGAGGGGAGUCAUAUCAUCACAAUUUUCUCAAGAGCGAACUGCCGGUCAAAAAACACUUCGUUCUAGCAAUCAAAUGUAAGCACAAGUGACAUCCAUUUCACUACCAAACGCAUACACACAUAAUUUCCCUAAUUCAUCCCACCAAACAUGGAAAAUUCAAGUCAAGAAUCCCGCCUCCGAUCUGAAAACUCCGUCACCUAUGACUCCUCCUACCCCAUCUACGCUAUGGCCUUUUCCUCCUUCACUUCUCCCCUCCACAACCGCCGCCGUCGCAUCGCCGUCGGAAGUUUUAUCGAAGAAUUCAACAACCGGGUCGACAUUCUCUCCUUCGACGAAGAAACCCUAACCCUAAACCCAAUUCCGAAUCUCUCCUUCGAUCACCCAUACCCACCUACUAAACUCAUGUUCCAUCCGAAUCCUUCUGCUUCCCUUAAAUCCAACGACAUUCUCGCCUCUUCCGGUGAUUACCUCCGUCUCUGGGAAGUUCGAGAAAGUUCUAUUGAACCACUUUUCACUCUCAACAACAGUAAAACUAGUGAAUACUGUGCCCCUUUAACCUCUUUUGAUUGGAAUGAAGUUGAGCCCAGAAGAAUUGGUACUUCCAGUAUUGAUACUACUUGUACUAUUUGGGAUGUUGAAAAAGGGGUUGUCGAAACCCAAUUGAUAGCCCAUGAUAAAGAGGUUUACGAUAUAGCUUGGGGUGAAGAUGGAGUUUUUGCAUCAGUUUCUGCUGAUGGGUCAGUUAGGAUUUUUGAUUUGAGGGAUAAAGAACAUUCUACAAUUAUUUAUGAGAGUCCACAACCAGAUACUCCGUUAUUGAGGUUGGCUUGGAACAAGCAAGAUUUGAGAUACAUGGCUACUAUAUUAAUGGAUAGUAACAAGAUUGUAAUAUUAGAUAUUAGGUCGCCAGCGAUGCCUGUGGCGGAGUUAGAAAGGCAUCAGGCGAGUGUGAAUGCGAUUGCGUGGGCUCCACAGAGUUGUAGACAUAUUUGUUCAGCUGGGGAUGAUGGGCAGGCCCUCAUUUGGGAGUUGCCUACUGUUGCUGGGCCUAAUGGGAUUGAUCCCAUGUCAAUGUACUCUGCGGGAGCUGAGAUUAAUCAAAUUCAGUGGUCUGCUGCGCAACGUGAUUGGAUUGCUAUUGCAUUUUCUAACAAGUUGCAACUGCUUAAAGUAUAGGGUGAUUGAAAGAUUGAAUUUUUCAUGUAAUAUAGCUACUGUGAGUGCUACUUGUAUGUCUUUUGCUCCGUGGUGGGAAGGGUUUGGAGCUUGGAUGUUAUUAUGCAACCUAUUUGGACUGCUUGUCUGUGUUAUACGUUUAGAUAGUUUCAACUUAUUGUGUGUGGCAAAAGAACAAAACAUGAAAAGAUGAUCCAGUGAUUCUGAGAUCCUGCUGGUUCUUGCUUUGUGUUAGAUAAUGUAUUAGUGAGUUACUGAAUGAAGGAAGCUGUGUUUAUGUGGUCUCACUUGUUGAUGUGGUUCGUGAUUCUUAUAAUGUAUACAAGUACAAUUUUCUUUUGAUAA